AUGCCAACCAGCAUCUUGAUCCACCGAGCACGCUGCAUUCCAGCGAGGUUGCAGCGCCUAAUGUUUCACCAGCACACGAAACCCUUCAGGAGCAGGCUGCAAAGACUGGGAACAGCCCGGGCCCAGAGAACUGCGAUGCUGCAGCUGCCAAGGAUAACGCGACGGCGACACCAGUGCUGGGCAGUGCUCCUGAGGAGCCGACAACUCCCGAAGUGCAGCCAAGCAGUGCUGUGGAGGUUUGGGAGUAGUAGUGCCAUGGUAUCGGUCAAGGUCGAGGAGGAUGUUACGACUUUGCCGCAGGAGAGUGGUAAAGUGCCGGAAGCCAAGGCAGCCGCCGUUGAGGAGGAUUUGGGCUUGGAUGCACCACUGGGUGGAAGCGAGGAGGAGUAUGAGGACGACAUCGAGAAGGAGCAGCAAGACGAAGCGGAGGGCAUGGAAGGCAUGAUAAUGCCAGCCAGCAGGUCCGAGCAGCGACAGGUCAACCCGACUCUUCUCAGCGAUGAGGAGGAGUCCCCGCGCUCUCAUCGCUCCACCAAGCGGUACACACCACGGCGGCUGCCGAUGCCCAAGCCGCCCACGGAGGAGGAGGCCUUCUCUGAAGCGGCGUUACGGAAGCGAGCAGAGCAGAGGCUGAAGCAUUCCAUGCAGCUGGCAUCCCUGAAGCUUGGCGGACCUACCGGCUUCAGAUGCAGAGGGGUGCGAGAGGAACAUCCCAUCUGUGCAACUUGGUUGCACGUCGAGACCAACUAUCCCAAGCCGUUCGGCGGAAGAAUCGAGCUUACGUUGGACACCCUCUCCGCAGAGGCUCAGCGAAGCUUUCUGAGGGUGGCCCGCUUCGAGGCUGAAGCUUGGCUCCGACAGCAGCAGCAAAGCUGUGAAGCGCAGGUUCGUGUCGCCAAGCGACAGGAAAGGAUUCUGGGCCAGAUUGCCGAGUGGAGGGAGCGCAAAGACAAGGAGGAACAAGAGGAGCGAAGGCGAGUCGAGGAGCUCGAGCGUCAGAACGAGGAGCGCGAGCAGAAGGAGAGGGAGCGAUGGCGAAAGCGCGGUGAAGAACUCCGUCAGUGCCUCGCUGACUGGGCAGCCGAAAAGAGCCAGCAGGAGUUGGAGAGGUCCCAGGCUGCCGAGAAAACUCAGAAAGAGGAGGAAGACAAAAGGCGGCAAAAGGAGCAGAGAUAUCGGGAGAAGCAGCGGGAGCAGCUCCUGGAAUGGAACCGCCAAAAGAUGGACAAGCUCGAAGAGCAGAGGCAAGCGGAGCAAAUGGAAGAAGAGAAGGAGGCUGCAGAAGCGGCAAAGAAACAGAGCGCUGCGUUAAGAGGGCGUGGAGGUCUCAGCUGA